UUGGCGCUCCCGCUCCACUUCAAACUGUAGGGCGGAAGAAGUAGGGGAGCUGACAGACGACCGACUCGCGGUAUGUACGUUAUGUCAACGAAUACAUAUUGAGUGUGUACGUUACGUCCAGGAUGCGCAUGCGCCGUUGUCGUCUCCCCCGGCGGAUUCGUUGACGAUAUCAUAUAUGGAACCGCUCCCUGCAGCUGGCAGCCGUGUGGAGAUGUCAGCGGGUGUGGAGUGCAGUCGAGAUGGAGUUCAGAGAAACAACUCUGCUGUCUCUCAGAACGAAGAUGGAUAUGAAUCUCAACCCACUACAUCUCGGGACCAGGCAACUGGAAUCCCCGAAUCACCUCCACCAUGGCUCUCUGAUGGAAGUAUAAUGGCUCCACUGGUUGCUGAGUAUGACGGACAUAUAGAUAACAUGAACAAGCAGCUGCGGGCCUACGAGAGGCAGAUGGCAGAAAUCAAGGUGAAGCUUAGUGCUGUUGUAAAAGAAAAUGAAAGGCUCUAUGCAGAACUGAGGGAGUCCAUCGAAAAGCAGCUGCAGGCCUUUCCUGCCGGUGCAGAAAUCGAGUCCUUGACGGAUGAUGAGAUUGUGAAGAAUCUCCAGGAACAAAUUCAGCUGUCCCUGCAGGAAAAAGACCAUGCGAUGGAGCUCUGGCAGUCAGCUGCGCAGGAACUCGAUCGACUGCAGCAGCUGUAUCAGAAGACUACGUCCGACUCCCAGCUCCUCGCAGUCGAAACGCAACACACGAUGGAGCAGCUGACACAGGUCCAGCAACUUGCUCAGCAGCUACAGGUGGCCAAUCAGAAGCUGGAGGCGACCAACCAACAGUUUCUCAAGACGGUGACUGAGCAGAAUGUGGAGUUGGAGGAUCUGCGCAACCAGCUGAGACAAGCUAAACAGGAUCUGAGAACAGCUACGGCAAAAGUGGAGGAGAUGACCAAGCUCAUGCAGAGUGUGCAGGACCAAAUGCAGCGAAGGGAAGAAGAUGCUGCUGCAGCCCACGGGAGAGAGGAAGCCUCAGACAGGCGACUUCAACAGCUGCAGGCGGCCCUCGGCCAGCUGGAGGCCAGGCUAACAGCAGCAGCACAGGAAGCAGAGCGGCUGCGGCGGGAGCAGGUGACACAGGAGCGCCAGGUGGGCGAGCUGCAGGGACGCUGUGCCGCCCUCGAGGAGGAGAAGUACGAGGCCAUCACCAAGGUGCGCGAGAACAUCCAGAUGGCUGAGGAGGCUGCCCUUCAGAAGGAGCAGGCCACUUUGAGAGAGAAGCAGAAAUGUGAGGAGCUGGAGAAGAUGAAGGAGGCCAUUAAGAUGUUGAUCCAGGAGGCCGCGGUUCGAACCAGAAAAGAGGUUGAAAAUGUUCGGAAGCAGUGUAAUGAACAGAUCCACAGAAUGGCAGAGGAGCUUUCCGCUCUUCAAAUGGAAUGUGCGGACAAAGAAUCUCAGAUAGAGAGGGUCUUGCGGGAGAGGAAGGCCCUGGAAGAAGAGGUGGAAAAGGUGUACAGGGAGGGCAGGGACGGUGGGCCGGAGUACCAAAAGAUCAACGCACUUCACCAGAGGUGUCUGAACACCGAGCGACUGAAGGACGACCUGCAGGUCACACUCCAGACCACUCAAAACAAGAUGAAGAAAAUGGAGAUGGAGUACCUAGAGGAGCUGUCGCGAUGUCAGGAGGAAGUGCGCAGGCUGCAGGGGGCACUGGCAGGGGCCCAGGAAGACUGUAGCAAAGUGAGCGAGGAGCGACUGCGGCUACAGCAGGAGAACCAGCAGCUGCGCAGGGAGAUGGAGGAGCUGCGCAAGGCCAGCGUGCAGGCUCAGAGGAAGGCCAAGCAGCAGGUAUCCACCAUCGAGCACGAGUUCUCCCUGAAGGAGCAGGAGCUGGAGGCACGGGUGCGACAGCUGGAGGAGAGCAGCCAGAACUCGAGCGCGGACCUGAACCGCCUGCUGGUGGCUCAACAGAGGAGCACAAAGCGUUGGAAGGAAGAGGCGCACAGGAUGGCCGAGGCCUUCGAGCACAAACUGGGGAGCCUGAGAGCUGAACUGGUUCGACAAAAGCAGCGCUGUCAGGAACUGGAGGUCCAGUUGGAAGCAGAUCAUGAAAAAAUUGUGGAGUACGAAAGGCAGAUGGCAGAGUACCAGGAGAAGAACAACCGUCUCCAGAGACGUCUCACCCAGGCUGAACAGAGAGCAUCUACGGCAUCACAACAGUUGAGCAACAUUACAUCACAAAGAAGAAAAGCAGCUUCCAUGUUGGAUCUGGAGGCAUUGUGACUAGGACUAUUACCAAUCUCCAUCUUCUGCUUUAUUGUAAUAUGAUUUUGUAAUAAACAUCUCUCGCUGCUGGGCCAAAUCUUCACAUUAUUUUGGAAAUGGAAAUUUAGUGUACUUCAGCAAUACAGGCUCCUCUUCUAGGAACUGAUGUCUUCAGGGAUUUUAAAAUGAAGGCUGAGAUACCACAUUAGCUAUUCUAUCUUCCAGUGCAAAUAAGUCAAUUUGCUGCUUAGCUGAUAUUUGUCCCUAAAGUGACUCAAUGGUGGAUUUGUACUUAGACUUACAUAUUUAUACAGCUGGGUGACUUACUGUAUAAAUUCAGGUAAAGUACCUUGCCACAGCAGGAGGAAGGGAUUCCAACCUGUGUCCUUCAACUGCAAGGUUGCUGGUUCUUACUACAGUGCCACUUUCAGCCCCUGUAUAUAUUAAUUUACAGUAUUUGCCUAAUUUACACUCACUGCCCACAUUAUUAGGUAUACCUUGCUAUUACUGGGUUGGACCCCCUUUUACCUUCAGAACCACCUUAAUUACUUGUGGCAUAAAUUCAACAAGGUGCUGGAAACAUUCCUCAGAAUUUUGGUCCAUACUGACAUGACAGCAUCACGCAGCUGCUGCAGAUUUGUCGGCUGCACAUCCAUGAUGCGGAUCUCCCGUUCCACCACAUCCCAAAGGUGC